AUUUUCGUUGAACAGUUGAGGCAUUUUUUUCUAUUCUUGUGGCUUCACACGUGGACGAUGAGCAGAAGGGUCUCUGUCAACCUUCCACCGUCAACGGUGGCUUCCCAUAAUUAUGGAAGAAAGAAAACCCCACCAAUCCAACAACAGAAUCCCAAUUGACCGCCAUUGAAUUGAUCAUAUGUUUUGCUCUUCGUUCGGACCAAGAACGAAACAAUUCCCCACCUCAAAACCACACAACUGCCUUCUACUUCUCCACCCAUCCUCCACCAAUUCAACCCCACCUUAUAUAUAAACCCAAUUCCCUCCUAUCCAUCAAAAACAUCUCGAACCCAGUUCUCCAAUCAAUCAUCAAGACCCAUUAUUUGGCUGAAAAUUUUGAGAAAAACCCAUUUCAAGAACUGCCCAAGAAAAUUGAGAGAAACCCUUUUCAAUCAUCAAGACCCAUUUCGAGAACUGCCCAAGAAAAUUGAGCAGAACCCUUUUGAAUCAUCAAGACCCAUUUCGAGAACUGCCCAAGAAAAUUGAGCAGAACCCUUUUGAAUCAUCAAGACCCAUUUCGAGAACUGCCCAAGAUUUCCAUGGAUUCCAAUUCCUCCUUCAUUCCUGUUGCUUCCACUUUCACUUCUCCUUUCGAGGACUCCCCACGGCCCGAGGAUCCGGCCCGGAAGCCACUGAGCCUGUGGCCCGGGAUGUACCAUUCGCCCGUGACCAAUGCUUUGUGGGAAGCUAGGUCUAGAAUCUUCGAAAGACUGCUCGACCCAAAUGUGGAUGCCCCUCCACAGAGUCAAUUGCUGACGAGGACUCCGUCGCAGAGCAGAACUACGAUUCUGUAUAAUUUCUCGACUGAUUAUGUGUUGAGAGAGCAGUAUAGGGAUCCGUGGAAUGAGGUCAGAAUUGGGAAAUUGCUUGAAGAUCUUGAUGCCCUUGCUGGCACCAUCUCAGUCAAGCACUGUUCGGAUGAAGAUAGCAUGACAAGGCCACUCUUGCUGGUCACUGCUGCUGUGGACAAGAUGGUGCUGAAGAAGCCAAUCAGCGUUGAUGUUGAUCUGAAAAUGGUUGGUGCAGUUAUAUGGGUUGGGCGGUCUUCAAUUGAGAUUCAACUGGAAGUGACUCAGCCCACAAAUGAGUGCUCUGAUGCUUCGGAACCAGUAGCUCUCACGGCCAAUUUCAUAUUCGUUGCCCGUGACUCUAAGACUGGGAAAGCUGCUCCAGUGAACCGACUCGCUCCAGAAACUGAACGAGAGAAGUUGCUUUGCGAAGAAGCUGAAGCAAGACAUGAGCUGAGGAAAGGGAAGAGAGGUAACUACAGGAAGGAGAUUGAGAAUGGGGAGGUAAACAGACUCGAGGCUUUAUUGGCUGAGGGACGCAUUUUCUGUGACAUGCCUGCCUUAGCAGAUAGAGACACCAUCCUUCUUAGGGAUACACGUCUUGAGCACUCUUUGAUUUGCCAGCCACAACAGAGAAACAUCCAUGGUCGCAUCUUCGGAGGGUUUUUGAUGCACCGAGCUUUUGAAUUGGCUUUCUCAACGGCUUAUGCUUUUGCUGGCAUGAUGCCAUGCUUUCUAGAAGUUGAUCAUGUUGAUUUCUUAAGACCUGUGGAUGUUGGUGAUUUCCUUCGUUUCAAAUCGUGCAUCUUGUACACCGAAUUCGAGACUACAGACCGGCCUCUGAUUAAUGUUGAGGUCGUUGCUCAUGUUACAAGGCCUGAACUCAGGUCUAGUGAGGUAUCUAAUAAAUUCUACUUCACCUUCACCGUCCGCCCAGAGGCAAAGGCAACGAAGAACGGAUUUAGGAUUCGGAAGGUGGUUCCAGCAACAGAGGAGGAAGCACGAAGGAUUCUAGAGCGCAUGGAUUUGGAGUCGUUGCAGGUAGACAAAAAUAUGAAGAAAUAAGCAAACCCUUUUGAUCAAACAGGACCUUAGACUGCAGGAAGGCAAGUUAAACGGGGUUUUGUGGUUAGAUGUUGUUCCCCUGGCCUAAAAUGACCAAUGAGACAUUGAGAUCAUUGGGCUAAUUAUCUGAUACUAGAGAAAAAGAGUUGGAUAUCUAUGAUACUGCUGUGUUCCCAUAAUGCAUAUCUUCCUGUUUUCUCCAUGGAUCAUUAUUGUUAUAAAAAUACAACAAACUUGUCUUCUGAUCA